AAUGGGACGCAGUUGUGUAAGGACAUGUUAGCCGUUUUCGUAAACAAUUUGUACUAGUCUCGUGAAUACAUACACGUACACGUGCAAAGGAUGUUCGCUUGUAAGGGUUCAGGCACUGGCGUAACCGCACUCCGGAUUCUUUGCAGAAAUCAGGCUGUCGUCCAUGGGCAAGCGUGGAGGUGUCGGUCCACCCAAACGGACGGAGAAGUCCGCAUCGCCAAAGUACUCAGGGAAAAGUUUCCCCAAGCGUCAUCGCUGAAAGUUGUGGAUAUAUCUGGUUCGUCCGGUGAAAUCCAUAGCGGCUGUGGGGCCAUGUACGAAGUUCACAUAGAAUCUUGUGAGUUCAACGGGAAGAGGACUGUUCAGCAACACCAGCUUGUCAAUCGGGCAUUGAAGGAGGAGAUUCAAGGAAUGCAUGGACUAAGAAUAUUCACAGAUAUUCCAAAACAGUAAUUCCACUGAAGCAAAAAAUAACUUCAAUGUUCAUAAUUCAUGCUAUGAAUCAACAAUGUAGUGCUGUAAUUUCUCGUGUAUAAUGCGCACCCAUGUACCCUUCUGUACCCUUCUACCCAUGUAUAAUGCAUUUUUACAAUGCAUGAUUUUGCUUCUACCCAUAUGAUUAAAACAUGAAGUCCGUCCAUCCAUCCAUUUUCUGAGCCGCUUCUCCUCACGAGGGUCGCGGGCGUGCUGGAGCCUAUCCCAGCUCUCAUCUGGCAGGAGGCGGGGUACACCCUGAACUGGUUGCCAGCCAAUCGCAGGGCACAUAUAAACAAACAAACAUUCACACUCACACCCACACCUACGGGCAAUUCAGAGUUGUCAAUUAACCUACCACACAUAUUUUUGGGAUGUGGGAGGAAACCGGAGUAGCCCGGCGAAAACCCAUGCAGGCACGGGGAGAAUCAGAAUCAUCUUUAUUUGACAAGUAUGUCCAAAAAACACACAAGGAAUUUGUCUGCGGUAGUUGGAGCCGCUGGUAAUGCCGGUACAUUUUUUUUUUUUUUGCAAACUUCACACAGGCGGGGCCGGGGAUUGAACCCCAGUCCUCAGAACUGUGAGGCAGACGCUCUAACCAGUCAUCGACCGUGCCGCCUAAAAGUAUUAUCUGUAUUUUGUUUAAUUUUUUUCAAAGAAUUAUUUAUAGUUAAGCACUUUAUUUGAACACGUAAUCCUUUUUUUAAUUAUUUACUUGCUCUCAUUUUGAAAUUCACAGCCCUACUUUUAUUUAGUAAAUUAGAAAACACACAGUUGUGCUCAUAUGUUUGAUUACCCCGGCAGAAUGUGUAAGAUGGGUACAAUUCUUGAAAGAAAACAUGAAGGACCAGGUGAAACACAUUUAAUUUUAUUUGAAUGAGAUUCAAAUUAAAUGGUCGAGCAUUUCAGAACAGCAUUAUCAUUCAACAAAUCAUAACCAUAAAGAAAUGGAAUGAUGGUUGUUGUUCAGUCAUCAGUCAUAUUUAAAAAAAAAAAAAAAAAAAAUAUUUGACAAAUUCUGCCAGGGUAAUUCAGGAGCACAACUGUACACAUGCAGUCAUACGUACCCCUGUCAUAUUGGAAUGAAAGUGUAGGCUACACGUUUUUUAUAACCACUAGGUGGCGGUGGAAUUUUGGAAUGAAAGUGUACAGCUUUUUCAUAACCACUAGAUGGUGGCAUACAUUUAUAUAAUGUGAAUGUUUUUUCCCCAUUUGCCCCUAUACCUAUGUAUAAUGCGCACUAUUGACUUUUGACAAUUUGGGGGUUGGGGGAAUGUGCAUUAUACACGUGAAAUUACGGGUAAUUAUUCAACAAUGUAGUACGGUAGUUAUUGUCUAGCUCAGUGGUUCUCAGAUCAAAUGUAUUUUACUUAAAAGUCAACUACUAUGGAGCUGUACUUAUAUGUACUUUUCUGGACUCUGGAUUUAAAAAAAAAAAAAAAAAAGUUUAAGCCACUGUAAUUGUAACUGCACAGUUUUGUAGAUGGUGAUUCGUUAGCGUACCACACUUUGAGAACCACUGGUCUAGCUAAUCACUUAGUACAAGUAUAAAUGUGAAAUUCAUGCAAAAUUGAAUAAAUUUCCCAUGCUAUCAAAAUCCACAUUUUUCCACUCUGUUAUGCAUAAUGUUGGUCAAAAUGCGUCCGUGACCUUGUUUGACAUUUAUACGGUUUGUCUAUUGAAUGUUUUCGCCUUUGAACACCAAACCGCUUGCAAAACAGCAAAUAUGCUAUAUAAAAGCAUACGUGUUGUUUACAACAAUACUUAACUAUAUUUAUAAUUUAUAAUGUAACUGUGGAUUGAAUAGCAAAGCUUGUGCUAAUUGUCACCAAAAUGCGAACGAGCGAUGCGCCGGUUACGUUAAAGUGAUUGAAUGCGAGCGUAGGACCAUGCUCUCGAAAUAUCCUCCGCUUUGAUUUUCACCCACGUCGCCGCCUCUGUGGGGUUGGGAGUCGCCAGCUGUCAUUUCGGCUAACGUUUCCUAUUAUUAAGGACAUUUUGGCCGUUUUCAACCCAAAUUGUCUUGCAAACCCAAUAAAGGGACAUCAAAGAUUAUAAAAAAGGAAUUGAUGGCAUGGGACCUUUAAGUCAGCACAUUUCUAUUACAAAUAUCACAUUCAAUACUUUGGAAAAAGAAAAGGAAGCCUGCAUAUGCACAAAAUGUCCGAUUUCUCUUUUAGUCUCUCUCAUGGGUGGUAGAUAUAUUUAUGGUAGUCAUGUAAUUUUUCCAUGUUGCCUGAGGCUGCAGGUCAAGUGUAUACAUUCAAGUCCCAGUAUAGUUUAUUUUAUUUCAUGAGUGGCCCUGUUGUACUUUUGCACCCAGCACUAAUCAUGCAGGUAAUGUAGUUUGUUUAAUAAAGCCUUUUAUAUUUGACUCGCAGUAGCUAUUUUGUGCCACACUAUUUGAAGUAUUUCAUGUAAUUAUUUUAAUCGCAAACAAGGUUGCACAGCCUAUCAAUUUAUGGUGAGUCUUUUGACAAGUAGAUAGACUGACACGUAAAGUAGUACUGUAUAUUCUAAUAGCGAUAAUAAAAAUAAAAAAACACACUAUUGAAACACUCAGACACUACUGAAAUG